UUGGAAUCAAAACCUAAUUGAAAAAGGACCUAAAGAGUAAAUUCACCUUGUCACUAAUCUAAUAGGAGUAACAUAUGUUGACUAUCAUUUUUUUGUUGUUGAUUGUUGAGUGUUGACUCACAUUGGAGGAUCAUCAAUAUGAACAAAAAGCCUCUCACGUUUCUUGCCACAACCAUUUCGGCCAAGUUCAACGUUCCUCCUCGAUUCUACUGUUCUCCAACCUCGCCUCCCUCUUCUCCUUCGUCCAACAAGCUCUUUGUCGGAGGGCUGUCAUGGUCAGUUGACGAGAAGUCCCUCCAAGACGCUUUCUCUUCGUUCGGACAAGUCACUGAAGUGAGGAUCGUGUAUGAUAAAGACAGUGGAAGGUCUAGAGGCUUUGGAUUUGUCAUCUUUUCAGCUGAAGAUGAUGCCAAAUCUGCAAAGGAUUCAAUGAAUGGAAAGGCAUUGUUAGGUAGACCAUUGAGGAUUAGUUUUGCUCUCGAGAAGGCCCGUGGUGUACCUAUUGUAGUUCCCAGAUUUUCAAAUAUUGGAAAUUUAAACAAGCACUAGUUCAAUUUGGCUUAUGAAAUUUGUUAGUGACUCUAAAUCAUACUUGAAAUUUAUGUGAGUAAAGUGAAAGUGUAUUGAGCCUAGAAUUUGUAUUCUAACUUCUAAGUUAAGAGUAUUUUAAUAAUUUUACCCCAAA